ACACAAAAAGCUGCGAAACAAACGAAACAACCACCGAAAACCGCUUUCCACGUUCCCGUCACGUCCCUUCCAACCGCAACUUCCCACUCUCUCCCUACUUUAACCUCUUCACAAAGCGCGUUUUUCCAAGGAUAUUUUCGUCAUUCCAAACCCUUUUUCUCUCUACACUUCUUCUCUUUCACUUUCUCUGAAAAACACUUUCCAAACUAAUCACUAAACUAACCACAAAAUGGCUGAAAACGGCGAAGAGAAAUUACUCGCUGUGGCGCGCCACAUAGCAAAAACGUUAGGCCAAACCAACAACAUGGCCGAUGAUAUUCUUCAAAUAUUCUCAAACUUCGACGGUAGAUUUUCUAAGGAGAAACUUUCUGAUGAAGGUGUAGGGAAUGAUACCGUACGCUGCGCUGCACUUGAACAAACUGUAAAUUCUCUUGACCGUCAGAUUUCAGAUCAUCUUUCGUCGGAAAAUUCUGUUUGUUGCAACUCCACCGCGUUUCUCUCCACCGUUGACGAGCUCGUUUCGACGAUUGAAGAUUGGAGUCCUCUCUCCGAUGAUAAGGUUGUCGGAGCGUGUUUACAACGCGCUGAUGAUAUUCUUCAACAGGCUAUGUUUCGUGCGGAGGAAGAGUUUCGGUCACUUAUGGAAAUCGGAGGUGAAUCGUUUGAUGUGACGCGGAACAGCGACGAGUUGACUCAGAACGGUAGUUCGUUGUAUGAUUCGAAUGGUGAGGAAGAUGAAGAAGAAGAAAUUGACGGUGAUGAGUAUGUGAUUCCUGUGGCGAAGGCGGUUGUUGAUUACAAUGUUGUGAUUGAUGCGCUACCUCCGGCGACGGUUAACGAUCUCCGGGAAAUAGCGAAACGGAUGAUUGCGGCGGGGUUUGGGAAGGAGUGCUCGCAUGUUUACGGUGGUUGUAGGAGGGAGUUUUUGGAGGAGAGUUUGUCGAGGUUAGGGUUACAGAAAUUGAGCAUUUCGGAGGUUCACAAGAUGCCAUGGCAAGAGCUUGAAGACGAGAUUGAACGAUGGAUUAAGGCUUCGAAUGUCGCUCUCAAAAUCCUCUUCCCGAGUGAGCGGCGUCUCUGCGAUCGCGUCUUCUCCGGUUUGUCUUCGUCAUCGGCAGCUGCUGAUCUUUCCUUCAUGGAAGUCUGUCGUGGAGCAGUGAUUCAGUUGCUGAAUUUUGCCGAUGCUGUAGCCAUAGGUAGUCGCUCGCCGGAACGUUUGUUUAGAGUCCUCGAUGUGUUUGAGACUAUGCGUGACCUAAUUCCUGAAUUUGAAUCGUUGUUCUCUGAUCAGUAUUGCUCGUUCCUUGUUAACGAAGCGAUCACGAUUUGGAAGAGGUUAGGAGAAGCUAUUAGAGGAAUUUUCAUUGAAUUGGAGAAUCUGAUUAGUCGUGAUCCGGUGAAGGCGAUUGUUCCCGGAGGAGGUCUUCAUCCAAUCACUCGUUACGUGAUGAACUACCUCCGCGCUGUGUGCCGGUCGUACCAAACCCUAGAACUUGUUUUUCAAGACAAUGCACUUACUUUGAAGGAUUACCCUAAGCAUGAUGAUAGGUUACAAUCAAAUUCUUCAUUUUCUGUUCAAAUUUCAUGGGUUAUGGACUUGUUAGAACGAAAUUUGGAAGCAAAGUCUAAAAUUUACAAAGACCCGGCUUUGUGCUCUGUUUUUAUGAUGAAUAAUGGGAGAUACAUUGUUCAGAAGACUAAAGACAGUGAAUUAGGAACGCUUUUGGGUGAUGAUUGGAUCAGAAAACACACUGCCAAAAUUCGGCAAUGCCAUAUGAACUAUCAAAGAAGCUCGUGGAACAAGUUGUUUGGGUUACUGAAGGUGGAGACAAUGGCUGCAAAACCCAUGAAGGAGAAACUAAAGAUGUUCAAUCUGCAUUUUGAAGAAAUAUGUAGAGUUCAAUCUCAGUGGUUUGUCUUUGAUGAGCAACUCAGGGAAGAAUUAAGGAUCUCCAUCGAAAAGAUCUUGUUGCCUGCAUAUGGAAGCUUUAUUGGAAGGUUUCGAAUUGUUCCAGAGCUUGCAAAGAAUAGUGAUAAGUAUAUCAAGUUUGGAAUAGAGGAUGUUGAAGCUCGGCUUACCACUUUGUUUCAAGGAAGCAGCGGAUCAAAUGGUGUCCGAAAAUGAAGGUAAAUGGCUACGGAUUCUUGUGUGUAUAUAUCUAUGAAUUUGUAGUGUAAUUAGGAUACAAAGUUUUGAAUGUGUUGAAUGCAGUCCACAUUUGCUAUCUAUCUAUAUUUAUCAUUGUAUGUUUUCCUGUUCAGAUCAUUUUUGUUGUAAAUUUUAGGUUUCAAUUGGUGAUUUCCCUCAACUGUUCCAUUGUAGUAGUUAUUUCACAUUUGAAUGUUUAGAAAUUAGAACGGUAUUGAUAGUU